CUCCAUUUGAAGUUUGCGCCGAAGUGACAUAAUGGCAGCAGCAUCGUCAUUUGCAUCUGACCUCAGGAUUGUGGUGUUUGGAAAGAGACAACAUGAAACAUCAACACUAUGUGACUUCAUCACAAGGGAUGAUGAUGAUCCUUAUCAGAAAAUCUCAAAGCAAUGUAGAGUCACGUAUGGAGAUUGGAGAGGAAAAACAUUAACAGUAGUGAAAACCCCAGAUGUCUUCAGUCUGCCUGAGGACAGAGUGAGAAACCAGAUGAAAAACUGUGUCGCUCUUUGCUCCCCUGGACCAAAUGUCCUCCUGCUGUUAGUGAAGUCGUCUGAUUUCAAUGGAGAGGACAGACAAAAAUUUAAGUUCAUCCUGAGUUUCUUUGGUGAAGAUGCCUUAAAACACUUAAUGGUCAUCCAAACACAAACUGGUGAGGUAGAGAAUUCUUCAAUGAACCAAAUCAUCCAAGACUGCAGACAAAGGCAGCACAGGAUUGACUUUGAAAGAAAAAAUCUUCCCGAAUGUGAUUAUCAAGAACUGAUUGAGCAGAUGGAGAAGAUAGUGAUCGACAAUGACGGAUGCCAUCUUAGUUAUACUGAAGGGACUGAUCCUAUGACGGUAGCUGUGGCCUCAAAACCUCCUCUGAACUUAGUAUUGUGUGGGAGAUUUGGAUCCUGGAAGAGUUCAGCCGUUAAUGCCAUUCUGGGGGAAAGAAAGUUUGGUCCACUUGCCAGCUCUUCAAAGUGUGUUAAAAAUCAGGGAGAGGUGUGUGGACGUAAAGUUUCCCUGGUGGAGCUGCCUGCCAUGUAUGGAAAACCUCAGGAGGCAGUGAUGGAGGAAUCACUCAGGUGUAUGUCCCUCUGUGAUCCUGAGGGUGUCCAUGCCUUCAUUUUGGUCCUACCGGUGGGUCCCCCAAGUGAGGAAGACAAGAAAGAGUUAGAGGCCAUCCAGAACACAUUCAGCUCUCGAGUGACUGACUUCACCUUGAUCCUGUUCACUGUGAAGUCUGAUACUAAGUCUCAAGCUGUUGUAAAAUGUCUAAGGGAGAAUGUGCACAUCCGAGAGCUCCGUCAGAGCUGCCGAGAACGAUAUUUUGUCUUCGACCUUAGAGACAAGCAGCAGGUUUUCCAUGUGUUGCACACUGUGGAACAGAUGAGAGCUGGUCAGUCCAGAUGUUUCACAAAGGACAUGAUGGCCAAGCCACUGGAGAAAAAGGUUGCACACCAACAAUCUGUACCAAAGAUGGCUGGUUAUAAACUUCAGAGCAGAGAGUGUCUCAGGAUGGUGCUGAUUGGGAAGACUGGUUGCGGAAAGAGCGCCACUGCAAACACUAUUCUGGGCAGACCAUGCUUCACAUCUCAAGCAAGCCCAAAGUCAGUGACGGUGAUCUGCAAGAAAGCAACAGGGGAGAUUGAUGGACGGCCUGUGGUCAUAGUCGACACCCCCGGCUUGUACGACACAACUCUGACCAAUGAACAAGUUAAACAGGAGCUUGUGAAAUGUGUCAGCAUGUUGUCUCCUGGACCUCACGUGUUCUUGUUAGUGCUGCAGAUCGGCCGCUGUACACAGGAGGAGAAAGAUACUGUGGAACUGAUCAAGGAGUUUUUUGGCAAGAACUCAAAAGACUACAUCUUUGUUCUCUUCACCAGAGGAGAUGAUCUUCAGAAUCAAACAUUUGAAAAAUAUAUACAGGAAGACAGGAAAGGCUUUGUUGACAAACUGAUCGAUGACUGUGGAGGAAGAUACCAGGUCUUCAACAACAAAGAUCAGAGUCGCGCUCAAGUCACAGAGCUACUGAGAAAAGUCGAAUCAAUGGUGAACAGAAAUGGUGGUGGCUGCUACACCUCUGAGAUGUUCCAAGAAGCUGAGGCAGCCAUACAAAAGGAAAUGAGGAGGAUCCUGAAGGAAAAGGAAAAAGAGAUACAGAGAGAGGUGAUGGACCUUGAUAACAUGCAGAAGAAAGAAAUGCGGGCGAAGAAAAAACAGUUUGGAAGACAAACAACCAGAAGGGAACAAGAACAAGAGCUGAAAAGCAUAGUAAUCAAGGAAAUGGGGGAAAACAUUGAGAAGGAGCAAGAAAGGCUGAGGAGAAAGGAAGAAGAAAGAAUUGCAGAGGAAAGGAAGGCAAAAAGACAGGAUGAAAUUCAAAAAAGGCAGUGGGAACAAAAUCUUGAAGUGGUGGAGAAAAAAAUAAAAUCUGGAACUGAAGAAAACUCAACUGCUCAGAAAAAGUGGAUGCAGGAGAGAGAGGAGAUCAGACGACAACAAGAGAUUUGGGAGAAGGAACGAACAGAACAGUGGGAGAAACGACAAAGAGAGGAUCAACAGAGACGGCAUGAGGAGCAAAAACGACUCGAAAAGCUAAAACAAGAACAUGAGCAGGAAAUCGAAAUAUACGAAAAGAAAAGAAAAGAAGACGAUAAGAUCAGAAGAGAACACGAGGAAAGAGAAUGCAGAGCAUUAGGGGAACUCUAUAUGCAGAGAAAGGAGGACGUAAGGAAGAAAAAUGAAGAGAAGGCCAGAGAGCAAGCUGUGGAAAACAAUGAAUUCAACAAUAUUUACGUCACGAUGAACAUGUUUGAAACGGUAAUGGAGGACAUGUCUGAAAUGGAAAUGGCGGAUCUGAAGCUGAGGCAACAAAACCAAAAUGACUUCAUUAUGCAACAGCUGCACAGAAACACAGUGUACGAGACAGAGUGGCAUGAACUGGAGAAAAAACAAGAACAGGAAAUGACUGAUCUGAAGUUGAGACUUGGUUUUGAAAAUGGAGAACGUCUUCACAAAGAAAUACAUGACCUCGAGAAAAAACACGAAGAGGAAAUGCAUAACUGGAUACAGGGACACAUGAAGCCAGGGACACAUAAAGAAAGCCUGAAGAAAGCCAAACAAACCAAGCCUUGUAGCAUAUUAUGA